AUGACGACAGCACACUGGCACCCGGCUGGUAUGGGGGACCUGCUGGAUGGGAACUCAGUCAGGAUCCUGGCAACACGACCAAACACGGAUGACCCAUGUCUGUCGAAUCCUUGUGCAAAUGGAGCCACUUGUAUUAAGAUGACCGGAAGCAACCACAUCUGCUCCUGUGCCCGCGGAUACUACGGAGAGAGCUGUGAAGAGAAGGAUCCAUGUGGAAACUUUACAGAACUUGAAAACAUACCUACCCGAGCCCCUAGUUACCCAGGAUAUCCCGUUCUACAUGACGACAGCACACUGGCACCUGGCUGGUAUGGGGCACCUGCUGGAUGGGAAUUACUCAGUCGGGAUCCUGGCAACUCCACCAAGUGUGGAACAAGAAAACCCAUUUACAGAACGAGUAAGUCUGGUGACGACGCUUCAACCGUGUGUAUUAGGUUCCCAAACGCGGUCUGCUUCAAACCGUACACCAUCAGGACGACGAUGUGCAGUGGCAGAGAGAUAUACGAGCUGAAUACGGAAACUAGUUUGUCAGGAUUCUGCUUUCACACGGAUGACCCAUGUCUUUCAAAUCCUUGCCCGAAUGGAGCCACUUGUACUAAGGCAACAGGAACCAAUCACAUCUGCAUCUGUCCCUCUGGAUAUUAUGGGGAGAAUUGUGACGAGAAGGAUCCGUGUGAAAACUUUACAGAACUUGAAAACAUAGGAACACGAGCCCCUAGUUACCCAGGAAGCCCAGUACUACAUGACGACAUCACACUGGCACCCGGCUGGUAUGGGGCACCUGCUGGAUGGGAACUACUCAGUCAGGACCCUGGCAACUCCACCAAGUGUGGAACAAGAAAACCUAUUUACAGAAAGAGUAAGUCUGGUGACGCCUCGACCGUGUGUAUUAGAUACCCGAAUGCGGUGUGUGCCAACCCGUAUACCAUCAGGACGACUAUGUGCGGUGGCAGAGAGAUAUACGAGCUCAGUACGCAAACCAGUUUGUCAGGAUUCUGCUUUCACACGGAUGACCCAUGUCUGUCGAAUCCUUGCGCCAACGGAGCCACUUGCAUUAAAGCAUCAGGAACCAAUCACAUCUGUUCCUGUGCCCCUGGAUAUUAUGGAAAGAGCUGUGAAGAGAAGGAUCCAUGUGGAAACUUUACAGAACUUGAAAACAUACCUACCCGAGCUCCUAGUUACCCAGGAUAUCCCGUUCUACAUGACGACAGCACACUGGCACCUGGCUGGUAUGGGGCACCUGCUGGAUGGGAAUUACUCAGUCGGGAUCCUGGCAACUCCACCAAGUGUGGAACAAGAAAGCCCAUUUACAGAACGAGUAAGUCUGGUGACGCUUCAACCGUGUGUAUUAGGUUCCCAAACGCGGUCUGCUACAAACCCUACACCAUCAGGACGACGAUGUGCAGUGGCAGAGAGAUAUACGAGCUGAAUACGGAAACUAGUUUGUCAGGAUUCUGCUUUCAGAAGGAUCCGUGUGAAAACUUUACAGAACUUAGCAACAUAGGAACACGAGCCCCUAGUUACCCAGGAAGCCCAGUACUACAUGACGACAUCACACUGGCACCCGGCUGGUAUGGGGCACCUGCUGGAUGGGAACUACUCAGUCAGGACCCUGGCAACUCCACCAAGUGUGGAACAAGAAAGCCUAUUUACAGAAAGAGUAAGUCUGGUGACGCCUCGACCGUGUGUAUUAGAUACCCGAAUGCGGUGUGUGCCAACCCGUAUACCAUCAGGACGACUAUGUGCGGUGGCAGAGAUAUACGAGCUCAGUACGCAAACCAGUUUGUCAGGAUUCUGCUUUCCUUCUAUGGUGUUGCAGACACGGAUGACCCAUGUCUGUCGAAUCCUUGCGCCAACGGAGCCACUUGCAUUAAAGCAUCAGGAACCAAUCACAUCUGUUCCUGUGCCCCUGGAUAUUAUGGAAAGAGCUGUGAAGAGAAGGAUCCAUGUGGAAACUUUACAGAACUUGAAAACAUACCUACCCGAGCUCCUAGUUACCCAGGAUAUCCCGUUCUACAUGACGACAGCACACUGGCACCUGGCUGGUAUGGGGCACCUGCUGGAUGGGAAUUACUCAGUCGGGAUCCUGGCAACUCCACCAAGUGUGGAACAAGGAAGCCCAUUUACAGAACGAGUAAGUCUGGUGACGCUUCAACCGUGUGUAUUAGGUUCCCAAACGCGGUCUGCUACAAACCCUACACCAUCAGGACGACGAUGUGCAGUGGCAGAGAGAUAUACGAGCUGAAUACGGAAACUAGUUUGUCAGGAUUCUGCUUUCAGAAGGAUCCGUGUGAAAACUUUACAGAACUUAGCAACAUAGGAACACGAGCCCCUAGUUACCCAGGAAGCCCAGUACUACAUGACGACAUCACACUGGCACCCGGCUGGUAUGGGGCACCUGCUGGAUGGGAACUACUCAGUCAGGACCCUGGCAACUCCACCAAGUGUGGAACAAGAAAGCCUAUUUACAGAAAGAGUAAGUCUGGUGACGCCUCGACCGUGUGUAUUAGAUACCCGAAUGCGGUGUGUGCCAACCCGUAUACCAUCAGGACGACUAUGUGCGGUGGCAGAGAGAUAUACGAGCUCAGUACGCAAACCAGUUUGUCAGGAUUCUGCUUUCACACGGAUGACCCAUGUCUGUCGAAUCCUUGCGCCAACGGAGCCACUUGCAUUAAAGCAUCAGGAACCAAUCACAUCUGUUCCUGUGCCCCUGGAUAUUAUGGAAAGAGCUGUGAAGAGAAGGAUCCAUGUGGAAACUAUACAGAACUUGAAAACAUACCUACCCGAGCUCCUAGUUACCCAGGAUAUCCCGUUCUACAUGACGACAGCACACUGGCACCUGGCUGGUAUGGGGCACCUGCUGGAUGGGAACUACUCGGUCGGGAUCCUGGCAACUCCACCAAGUGUGGAACAAGGAAGCCCAUUUACAGAACGAAGAAGGAUCCGUGUGAAAACUUUACAGAACUUGAAAACAUAGGAACACGAGCCCCUAGUUACCCAGGAAGCCCAGUACUACAUGACGACAUCACACUGGCACCCGGCUGGUAUGGGGCACCUGCUGGAUGGGAACUACUCAGUCAGGACCCUGGCAACUCCACCAAGUGUGGAACAAGAAAGCCUAUUUACAGAAAGAGUAAGUCUGGUGACGCCUCGACCGUGUGUAUUAGAUACCCGAAUGCGGUGUGUGCCAACCCGUAUACCAUCAGGACGACUAUGUGCGGUGGCAGAGAGAUAUACGAGCUCAGUACGCAAACCAGUUUGUCAGGAUUCUGCUUUCACACGGAAGACCCAUGUCUGUCGAAUCCUUGCGCCAACGGAGCCACUUGCAUUAAAGCAUCAGGAACCAAUCACAUCUGUUCCUGUGCCCCUGGAUAUUAUGGAAAGAGCUGUGAAGAGAAGGAUCCAUGUGGAAACUUUACAGAACUUGAAAACAUACCUACCCGAGCCCCUAGUUACCCAGGAUAUCCCGUUCUACAUGACGACAGCACACUGGCACCUGGCUGGUAUGGGGCACCUGCUGGAUGGGAAUUACUCAGUCGGGAUCCUGGCAACUCCACCACGUGUGGAACAAGAAAGCCCAUUUACAGAACCAGUAAGUCUGGUGGCGCUUCAACCGUGUGUAUUAGGUUCCCAAACGCGGUCUGCUACAAACCCUACACCAUCAGGACGACGAUGUGCAGUGGCAGAGAGAUAUACGAGCUGAAUACGGAAACUAGUUUGUCAGGAUUCUGCUUUCACACGGAUGACCCAUGUCUUUCAAAUCCUUGCCCGAAUGGAGCCACUUGUACUAAGGCAACAGGAACCAAUCACAUCUGCAUCUGUCCCUCUGGAUAUUAUGGGGAGACUUGUGACGAGAAGGAUCCGUGUGAAAACUUUACAGAACUUGAAAACAUAGGAACACGAGCCCCUAGUUACCCAGGAAGCCCAGUACUACAUGACGACAUCACACUGGCACCCGGCUGGUAUGGGGCACCUGCUGGAUGGGAACUACUCAGUCAGGACCCUGGCAACUCCACCAAGUGUGGAACGAGAAAGCCUAUUUAUAGAACGAACACGACUGACCCAUGUCUUUCCAAUCCUUGUUUAAAUGGAGGCACUUGCACUCAGGCGUCAGGAACCAAUCACAUCUGUUCCUGUGCCCCCGGGUACUAUGGGGAAAACUGUGAAGGUAAAGAUGGCGAUACAACUACUGUGUGUACAAGGUUCCCCAAUGUGACGUGUAGUAACCCGUACACCAUCCGCACCACGAUGUGUGGCGGCAGAGAGAUAUACGAACUGAGUACACAAACUAGUUUAGCAGGAUUCUGCUUUUCUUGCAGCGGCCGGAAGCUGGACAUCCUCAUCCUGGUAGACGUGUCACUCUCAGUUGGCACCACCAAAUUUUGGCAAAUGAAAACGUUUCAACAAGCGAUGCUUCGUUCUACUGACAUUAGCCUCAAUACCAACAACAUUGCAUUUAUGGACUUUUCUGUGAGCGCUAGAGUAGUCUUCCCACUGAAUGCCUAUGCCAACGACAAAGAAGCUGUGUUGGCGGCAAUAAAGCAGGAGGUGUAUACAAAGGGAGCUACGACCAAUAUUGGCGAGGCCAUCAGGCUAGCCGUCACUGACGUGUUUACAGAGGAAAAUGGCGACCGACCAGACGCUGACAAUAUGAUCUUCCUCUUUACCGACGGCCUUGUUACGGAUGAAGAUAAAGUGAUUGCAGCUGCCAUGACGGAUCAACUUUCUGCAAAAGCGGAAGUAUUCGUCGUGGCCAUCUCCGACGUUCUGAGUGAUUCCAUCAUCCACACACUGGCCUCCAAACCUGGAAGUGAACAUAUCUUUCAUCUGGAUGCCCCGGACACUCUCAAUAAGGUCCACCAGAAGGUCAUGCCGUGUACUAUGGUGUGA